AUGUGCGUGCUGUGCGCGAUCGUGAACGCCCUGGAGAAGGCGAAGAAGAAAAUUCCACUCUCCUUUUCGAAUGCAAAGGAAGAGGAGAAGAAGAACGUCGAAGAACGUUUGAACGGGAACACUUCUUCGUCUCUUUCGUUCGUGGAUGAGAUCAUAAAUGAGAAGAAAAAAAAGCGCGUUGACACAAACAAAAAUGUUUCAAAAGAAUCGCUCGAGGAGGAGUUGAAAGAGCUCAGGAAUUGGUCUUUCGAUGCUUUUACGUACGCGUCUUCGAAAGAUAAAGAGUUCCCUUUGGCUCGAUUGUUUAUGGCCGCGUUCGAUGUCUUCGCGAACGGAGGCGUUGGCGAGAGGAAACGAGAGGACGUGAAGGAAAUAUUCGCUUUAAUCAAUCGCGAGAAGUUGUUCGAAUUCGCGCAAAGCAUCGAGCAUGGGUACGUGGGUGUCGAUGCGUUGCCGUAUCACAACGUCGCGCACGGUUGUGAAGUCGUGCACGCGACAUUUGCGAUUUUGACGGACGUGAUUACCGAGGAGACGGUCAUGGAUCCGCUCUCGGUGUUUUCGUUGCUCGUCGCAGCAAUCGGGCACGAUUGUUAUCACCCGGGGUGCGAUAACGCGACGUUGGCGAAAGAUCGCGUAGAUAUUAAGCGACGGUAUAACGGCCAAUCGCUCUCGGAAAUGGUUUCGUGCGAAGUCACUUUGGAGUUGUUGCGAAGGUCAGGCGCGUUGCAGAGCGACGAUGGUUUAACGACUUCUCAAAUCGCAUUCGUCGAAGAUGUCGUGGCGACGAGUAUUCUGAGCACGGAUUUAUCGAAACACGAGGAAAAUUUGAAGAAGAAUACGGCUGAAAACGCUGCUCAGAUCGUGCUCAAAUCGGCAGAUUUGGCGCACUUUGCUCGUCCGCGAGAAGUACAUUUGAAGUGGGUUCACGCGGCUAUGGAUGAGCAAAGGAGAAAUACGAAACGGCAGGUUGGUGUGAAGGACGGUCACGUUGAUUGGAAAAAUCAAGUUUUUUUCGCGGAAACGUUCGUACUUCCAACGUUCGCGACGCUUUCCGGAAACGUCUCGGUAGGCUCCACACCGAUGUACGAGUAUGCAAAAACGAACGUCGAGAAAUCGAGAGAACUUAUCGUUUGA